AUGGAUCGCAAGGGCCCAGCUACGUCCGUCUGCCGCGCUGAUGGGGCAGAUCCGCGCCUCCUCGGCCGCCAGACUGUGGGUGGCAAGCAGCAGAUGCUGCAAGUGCAGCGCUUAGAGGAGCUUGCAGCCGAAGGACGCAAAGCAGCCAAGAAGAACGAGGUUCGAGAGGGAGCAAGCGGAGUGGGCAUAGGCUGGGCAAAGGUGCUGCGCGAGGCGAAGGUGCGCGCCUCCAAGAGCAAGGGCAGUGAAGUGGUUGGUAACCUGCACGAGGGCGCCCGCGUGCUUGUGGAGGAGGUCUCCUCGAAAGCUGCGCGUAUCCAUCUGCCGUUUGCAGGAUGGAUUACGCUUGCAAAGGCCUCCGGGCCUGUCCUCGAACAAGACAGUCGCCACCGCCGAGGGUCCGGUGAGAAAUCAGCCACCCAGUGGGUCAUGGAGCACACCCUGGCCCGCCUCCGUCCAGCUGACGGGCACAUCGGAGAGCGUGUGUGCAUGCCCUCCGAAAUGCCUGUACAUCCGCCAGAGUGCCCAGAGCCUGCAGACCAAGGGGCAAUGGACACCACUUCAAAGUUAUUCGCCCAGCUCCCCUCAGUGGGCACGUGGCUUGCAGCGACGCCGCCCGUGAGUGCAUUGGCAGCAAUUGACGAAGGAUUUCCAAACCCCAGGGCGGCCCCAACAAAUCCCUUGUUUGUGCAAUUGCCUUCCGUGGGCACAUGGCUGGUGGCAAAUGCCUCUAUGGCACACCGCUUGGUUCCCCCAGCCCAGGCUGCAUUUGCUCAGCCGCACUCGGUAGCCCACACCGAGCCUCCACUGGCCCAGUCCGUGCGCCCAGCCUGUGCGUUCACCCAUCUUCCCUCCGUGGCUACGUGGUCCAUGCCCUCCGAAAUGCCUGUACAUCCGCCAGAGUGCCCAGAGCCUGCAGACCAAGGGGCAAUGGACACCACUUCGAAGUUAUUCGCCCAGCUCCCCUCAGUGGGCACGUGGCUUGCAGCGACGCCGCCCGUGAGUGCAUUGGCAGCAAUUGACAAAGGAUUUCCAGACCACAGGGCGGCCCCAACAAAUCCCUUGUUUGUGCAAUUGCCUUCCGUGGGCACAUGGCUGGCUGCAUUUGCUCAGCCGCACUCGGUAGCCCACACCGAGCCUCCACUGGCCCAGUCCGUGCGCCCAGCCUGUGCGUUCACCCAUCUUCCUUCCGUGGCUACGUGGUCCAUGCCCUCCGAAAUGCCUGUACAUCCGCCAGAGUGCCCAGAGCCUGCAGACCAAGGGGCAAUGGACACCACUUCGAAGUUAUUCGCCCAGCUCCCCUCAGUGGGCACGUGGCUUGCAGCGACGCCGCCCGUGAGUGCAUUGGCAGCAAUUGACGAAGGAUUUCCAGACCACAGGGCGGCCCCAACAAAUCCCUUGUUUGUGCAAUUGCCUUCCAUGGGCACAUGGCUGGUGGCAAAUGCAUCUAUGGCACAACGCUUGGUGCCCCCAGCCCAGGCUGCAUUUGCUCAGCCGCACUCGGUAGCCCACACCGAGCCUCCACUGGCCCAGUCCGUGCGCCCAGCCUGUGCGUUCACCCAUCUUCCCUCCGUGGCUACGUGGCUUGCGGCAAAGCCAGCGCAAGUUGCAGCCGAAGUCUCAGACCCAGCAGAGCCCACACGACAGCCUUCUCCAGGUUCCACGCCCACAGGCGACUGGUGGCUUGCUUUCUGCAACUCUCUGCAGCAGACGCUGUGCUGCGGCCGUGGAAAGUAG